AUGUCGUGCAGCACCCUCAUCCUUCAUCGUGAAUAUUUUCCCUUCAUGCCUCUUGCAGACUCAAGUCCCCGCGGCCCACUUGAAAUUCCUGUUCUUGAAGCUCAAGCUCCAAAUGGCUGGUGGAAUGAAAGUGCUGCAGAGCUUUUUGGAGCCGCAAAGAACAUUUCUAGCCUACUCCAUGAAGCAUCAGACUGUGGGGCUGAUUUGAUGUCACCCUUAGUGGGAUUCUGUGCCUUCAAUGCUGCAUAUAUGGAUCUUUACAUCUUCAGGUUUCCUCAAAUGAAUUUAUGUCGCAGCCCCGAUGCCAAAUUACACUUGGAUUAUUGUCUCUCUUAUCUUGAAGACUUUCAGCAUCAAUGGAGUAUUGGUGAAAGCUGGAUCAAAACUGUCAAGCAUGCUUCAUUACUCUACGAACGAGCUGCUGCCGAUAAAGCAUGGUAUCAGGGCAGCUCGCGAGCUGACUUGGACAUUUUGCACCAAUCUAUCCAUGAGUUUCGCGUGGUUGAUAGGUCUGACCAACAAAUCCGGGAGAUUGAGGGCGCGGAGAGAAGUAUUACCUCUCUGACUUCAAGUUUAUCUACCCCAUUAUCAAAUUCCGAAUCUGAUGUAUCGGAGAGGAACGUCACAAUUAACGAUUUGCUGCCAGAGAUGGUCAGACAUGCCCAGGAACAAGGCACUUGGGCUCAAGGGUGGCCAGCAUUGGGUGAGGUGAAUCUGGCUUUAUUUUCGGGAUGA